UGGCCGGGCGGAUCACAGCCAAGAUGGAUACUACGAUGCUGAAUUUGCGGAAUCUGUUUGAGCAGCUUGUGCGCCGGGUGGAGAUUCUCAGUGAAGGAAAUGAACUCCAAUUCAUCCAGUUGGCGAAGGACUUUGAGGAUUUCCGGAAAAAGUGGCAGAGAACAGACCAUGAGCUGGGGAAAUACAAGGAUCUUUUGAUGAAAGCGGAAACUGAGCGUAGUGCCCUGGAUGUUAAGCUGAAGCAUGCACGUAAUCAAGUGGAUGUAGAGAUCAAACGGAGGCAGAGAGCUGAGGCUGACUGUGAAAAGCUGGAACGACAGAUUCAGCUGAUUCGAGAGAUGCUCAUGUGUGACACAUCUGGCAGCAUUCAACUAAGCGAGGAGCAAAAAUCAGCUCUGGCUUUUCUCAACAGAGGCCAACCAUCCAGCGGCAAUGCUGGGAACAAAAGACUGUCAACCAUUGAUGAAUCUGGUUCCAUUUUAUCAGAUAUCAGCUUUGACAAGACUGAUGAAUCACUGGAUUGGGAUUCUUCUUUGGUGAAGACUUUCAAACUGAAGAAGAGAGAAAAGAGGCGCUCUAAUAGCCGACAGUUUGUUGAUGGUCCCCCUGGACCUGUAAAGAAAACUCGUUCCAUUGGCUCCACAGUAGACCAGGGAAAUGAAUCCAUAGUUGCAAAAACUACAGUGACUGUUCCCAAUGAUGGUGGGCCCAUUGAAGCUGUGUCCACCAUUGAGACUGUGCCAUAUUGGACCAGGAGCCGAAGGAAAACAGGUCCAUUGCAUUUUGCUAUAAAUCUAAGUGAUGUAAAUAAUAAUUUAAAGCUCUUUUUGCAGGGAAUGCUGACAGAUUUUGUGUCUCAGACUUCUCCAAUGAUCCCCUCCAUUGUUGUCCACUGUGUAAAUGAGAUUGAGCAAAGAGGGCUGACUGAGACAGGCCUGUAUAGGAUCUCGGGCUGCGACCGUACAGUAAAAGAACUGAAAGAGAAAUUCCUCAGAGUGAAAAAUGUACCUCUUCUCAGCAAAGUGGAUGAUAUCCAUGCUAUCUGUAGCCUUCUAAAAGACUUCCUUCGAAACCUCAAAGAACCCCUUCUGACCUUUCGGCUAAACAAAGCUUUUAUGGAAGCAGCAGAAAUUACAGAUGAAGACAACAGUAUAGCUGCCAUGUACCAGGCUGUUGGCGAACUGCCCCAGGCCAACAGGGACACAUUAGCUUUCCUCAUGAUUCACUUGCAGAGAGUGGCUCUGAGUCCACAUACUAAAAUGGAUGUUGCCAAUCUGGCCAAAGUCUUUGGCCCUACAAUUGUUGCCCAUGCUGUGCCUAAUCCAGACCCAGUGACAAUGUUACAGGACAUCAAGCGCCAACCCAAGGUGGUAGAGCGCCUGCUUUCAUUGCCAUUAGAAUACUGGAGUCAAUUCAUGAUGGUGGAGCAAGAGAACAUUGACCCCCUGCAUGUCAUUGAAAACUCAAAUGCCUUUUCAACACCACAGACACCAGAUAUUAAAGUGAGUUUACUGGGACCUGUAACCACUCCUGAGCAUCAGCUUCUCAAGACUCCUUCAUCUAGCUCCCUGUCACAGAGAGUACGCUCCACCCUCACCAAGAACACUCCCAGAUUUGGGAGCAAAAGCAAGUCUGCCACCAAUCUAGGACGACAAGGCAACUUUUUUGCUUCUCCAAUGCUUAAGUAAAGUCACAUCUACCUAUUAAUUCCCAGCAUUGACUGACUAUAAGAAAGGAUACACCUGUACUUUCAGCUGUGCUGCCUCCUAUACUUACUACUACUUUUAGCAUUCUCUAGGCUUUUUAAAUCAAGUUUAACUGUGCACAAGGGUUUUAUUAAAACUAUAUUAUCUCCCUGUCCUUCUCUUUAACAUAAUAUCAGCACCUUAUGCUGGUCAUUGUUGGGAGCUUUUAGAUAGGAGAUCUUUCCAUGGGUAGAAGGGGUAGUAUGGAAUUUGUUGUGAUUCUUUUUGGAGCAGGGGGUAUCCCUUUGGCUUAAAGCCAAAUGCUGCUUAUGGAAUGACCUUUCUCUGGUAUCAUUUAGAACUGAUUUCCAUGAGACAAUGACCAAAACUACUCCUCUCUGGUAACACUGACUUAUCUCAGGGUGGGAAGUGGGAAGGCGGUUAAAGAAAGGGUUGGACUUAGGAAAGGUUGAAUUUAGGAUGGCUCCUUCUGAGAACUCAGAAGUUCCCCUUCUCCCAUUAUGAAUUGAGAUAUAUUGCAUGGAACCUUCAUAAAAAUGGGAUAGGUUGAGGAUGGAACUAACAGUUGGGAGUAUGCUUAGCUUUAAUUUUGAUUGAUUAGAUCUUAAUAGUUAAGUGGCACAACCUUAUAAAUGUGAUAGUACAGCUUGUAUUUAUCUCUAAUGGGCCACUGGCUAGAUUUUGGGUUUGAUUGGUGUCUAAACCAGUUUAUUCAUCUAAAGUUGAGUUCAUUCUGUUGCUUGACUUCCCCCACCAACCUUGUCCAGUAGAGCCCUACUUCUAAAGGUCAGUAUGUCUAUUUGGCAUCCCAACUAACAAUUAAGAGUAGGCUGUAAGGGAAGAUUGUCAAUAUUUCAUGUGGUAAGAAAAGCCACAGUCAUUUUGUCUUGGCACUUUAGAUGCUCAGAUUUUCCCAUGGAACAUAGCCACAUCACAAUAAAUGUGAGCUUUUUCUUCUAUUAGAAUUAUUCUCAAUGUCUGUAAAAAUGGUUUUCUUUUAUAGAAUUUUUCUCAACUCUUACUGACCCUUGUCUGUAAAACACAUGUUUGGAAUGAUAUUUGGAAAAAAGUAAAUAGAUAUUUCAAAAUGAA